GGCGCCGUAAUGCGGCGGACCGGCGUACCUCCCUGAACAAGUGUCCCCCGCGCCGGCAGUGGCUUGUUCCGUUGCUGGGUGCUGCCGGCGCGAUGUCGGGCUUCAGCCCGGAGCUGAUCGAUUACCUGGAGGGUAAGAUCUCCUUCGAGGAGUUCGAGCGGCGGCGAGAGGAGCGCAAGAGCCGCGAGAAGGAUGGUGAAAGUGCGUCUGCUGAGGAAAAUGCCGAAGAUGUAGAGGCUCCGUCUUCAUCCAGAAAAGCAUCCGGGAAAUCCCAAAGCCAUGAUGAAACUGACGGAGAAACUUCAGAUGGUGUCAGUAAAUCUGUUCAUCGGGUCUUUGCAUCCAUGCUUGGGGAAAAUGAAGAGGAGGAGGAGGAUGAAGAGGAAGAGGAAGAAGAAGAAGAGGAAGAAGAAACUACUGAGCAACCCACAGCUGGAGAUGUUUUUGUGUUGGAGAUGGUACUUAAUCGAGAGACCAAGAAAAUGAUGAAAGAGAAAAGACCUCGCAGCAAACUUCCUCGUGCCUUGAGGGGUCUGAUGGGAGAGGCCAAUAUCAGGUUUGCUCGAGGAGAACGCGAGGAGGCUAUUCUAAUGUGCAUGGAGAUCAUUCGGCAAGCUCCUCUUGCCCAUGAGCCAUUUUCCACUCUUGCCAUGAUCUAUGAAGACCAGGGUGACAUGGAGAAAUCAUUACAGUUUGAACUGAUUGCAGCUCACUUAAAUCCUAGUGAUACUGAGGAAUGGGUUAGACUAGCAGAAAUGUCACUGGAACAGGACAAUAUUAAACAGGCUGUUUUCUGCUACACAAAAGCUCUGAAAUACGACCCAACCAACGUGCGUUAUCUAUGGGAGAGAUCAAGCCUGUAUGAACAGUUGGGGGAACAUAAGAUGGCUAUGGAUGGCUACAGGCGUAUUUUGAAUCUCCUGUCUCCCUCUGAUGGAGAGCGCUUCAUGCAGUUGGCUAGAGACAUGGCAAAGAGUUAUUAUGAAGCCAAUGAUGUGACCUCUGCUAUUGAGAUAAUAGAAGAAGCCUUUACUAAACACCAGAGCCUUGUCUCCAUGGAAGAUGUUAACAUCGCAGCUGAACUAUAUAUUUCUUCCAAACAGUAUGACAAAGCAUUGGCGGUUAUUACAGAUUUUGCAGGAAUUGUACUUGAAAAGAAAGUAUCAGAAAAAAGUCCAACUGAGGAGAAAAAAGAUACAGGGGCGGUGGAAGAAACUCAGGAAAGCCAGGAGGCGGUGGCUGGUGACCAAAGUCAUCCAGUUGCUGAAUCCAGUGCUGCAGCUGUGGAGAAGGUCAGCUGCUGCAUACCUGAAAGCGUUCCCAUAGACAUCACGGUCAAGCUGAUGGUGUGCCUGGUUCACUUGAACAUCCUAGAGCCACUCAAUCCUCUUUUGACCACUCUGGUGGAACAAAAUCCAGAAGAAAUGGGUGACUUGUAUUUGGACGUUGCAGAGGCAUUUCUGGAUGUUGGAGAAUACAACUCAGCGCUGCCUCUCUUGAGUUCCCUUGUCUGUUCAGAACGAUACAACUUGGCUGUUGUCUGGCUUCGGCAUGCAGAGUGCUUGAAGGCUUUGGGACACAUGGAGCGUGCUGCAGAGAGCUAUGCCAAAGUUGUUGAUCUUGCUCCGUUGCAUCUGGAUGCCAGAAUCUCACUUUCAACACUUCAACAGCAGCUGGGCCGACCUGAAAAAGCUCUGGAGGCUCUGGAACCAAUGUAUGAUCCGGAUACGCUGGCUCAGGAUGCUAACGCUGCCCAACAGGAAUUAAAGCUACUCCUCCAUCGUUCAACACUGUUGUAUUCCCAAGGCAAGAUGUAUGGUUACAUAGACACGUUACUUACAAUGCUGGCAAUGCUGUUGAAGGUAGCCAUGAGCAGAGCUCAGGUGUGUUUGAUAUCUAGUUCCAAAUCUGGAGAGAGACACCUCUAUCUUAUUAAGGUGUCAAGGGAUAAAAUUUCUGACAAUGAUGACCAAGAGACGGCAAAUUGCGAUGCGAAAGCAAUUUUUGCUGUUCUCACGAGUGUUCUAACAAAAGAUGACUGGUGGAACCUCCUCCUGAAGGCUAUAUAUUCCUUGUGUGACCUCUCCCGCUACAAGGAGGCAGAGCUACUAGUGGAUUCCUCAUUGGAAUAUUAUUCAUUUUAUGACGAUAGACAAAAGCGCAAGGAGCUGGAAUACUUUGGGCUCUCUGCUGCAAUUCUGGACAAGAACUUCCGAAAAGCAUACAACUAUAUCAGAAUCAUGGUAAUGGAAAAUGUCAAUAAACCCCAGCUAUGGAACAUAUUCAAUCAAGUUACUAUGCAAUCUCAGGAUGUCCGUCACCAUCGCUUUUGUCUCCGCUUAAUGCUGAAAAAUCCUGAUAAUCACGCCUUGUGUGUCCUAAACGGGCAUAAUGCAUUUGUAUCUGGCAGUUUCAAGCACGCUCUUGGACAGUACGUGCAAGCCUUUCGUGCAAACCCAGAUGAACCUCUGUACAGUCUUUGUAUUGGCUUGACUUUCAUCCACAUGGCUUCUCAGAAGUAUGUGUUGAAAAGGCACGCUCUUCUAGUACAGGGAUUCUCCUUCCUUCACCGGUACUUGGACCUGCGCGGACCAUGUCAAGAGUCUUUCUACAACCUUGGCCGUGGCCUUCACCAGCUGGGAUUACUGCACCUGGCAAUCCACUAUUACCAAAAAGUACUCGAGCUUCCUCCUCUCACCUUAGAGGGAAUAGAAACGGAUCAGACAGACUUGAGAAGAGAUACUGCCUUUAACUUGUCGCUUAUUUAUCAGAGCAGUGGAAAUACAAGAAUGGCUCAAAAGAUGUUGUAUACCUACGCGGUUGUAUGAUGAGGUUUGUGGCAGGUGGAAUUGAUACUCUUUGUAUUAACCUUUGCGUUAUGCAAUGCUGGGGAAAACGGUUUUAUGUGCAACUUUUUGUAGAGAUGGUCAGAGACGGGAUUGUGGCAUGUAUAUGGAAUUCUUCUACUUCUGACAUUUGAACUGUAUCGUGGCAUAUGGAUGGAAACUGGUCAGAGUAUAACGCUGACGUGCUCAGGUGUGUCUGUUACUUAGCUCUUCUCCUUCAAUGCAUUGCUCUGUUUAAUUAUCCAGCCUGAAAUCAGAAAAAGUAAAGCCUGCCUGAGGCAGACACCCAAUCUGAAUGGAAAAGGUGUUGGGCAAGGCAGAGCCGCUCUCAUCUGAGCAUUACACCUUAUAACUGGAAGUUCUUGUAUAUAGACUCAAACAGCAACAGCUGAAGCCCGGUGCGGUUUGUAGGGUUUGGGUUUUUUUUGUUUUGUUUUUUUUUAAGGAAAAUCUACAACGUGCAAUAGUUCAACUAGUUACCAGUGAGGUUGUUCAAGGAGCCGUAUUCACUGGUGAUGAGGGUUAUUUAAUGUGCAGCAUUAAAUUACUAUAAUAUAGAAGAAAUGGGCUCAUACUAAUCCCUAGAGGAUGGAGAACUCAGUAUUUCAAGAUCUUUAAAGUAUUCAGAAUUUUCUAGGAGUUCGUAUUCCUUGUGGCUGUUGAAGAUGGUUUAUUUCAGUUUUACUGAAAUCAGUGUGACCUUUGUUCAUCUUCUGAACUUUGUAAUAAAAAAUGAGGUUAAUGAUAAUGUUUACUCAUUCUCAGCAAACAUACAGCCUACUGAAUAGCUUAUAACAAAAAUUAAUACAAUAAUACCGGUACAGUUUAUUAUUUAACAUAUCUUGCAAAUGGUCUCGGGUUUUAAUUAUUUCUGACAGUUGAACAGUAGCAAGUGAUGGUGGAAGCAUGCUGCUUCCAGCCCAGAAAGAGAAGUGGGAUGUAACCCUUUAUCAUAAAUAAAAAGAAUAUAUAGUUAUAUAUAGAGAGAGAAAUGGAUAUAUAUUAGGCACUACAGCAAAAUAUGGCUGAAAAAACAUGUUUCAGCCUGGUAGUUUGCUGAAUAAAAAACAAACCAUGCUGUCCCCCCCCAAGCACUCUUGUUACUUAUGGUAUCACAGCUAACUAAUGCUAUUUGUUUUCAGCCCGCUUUUAUAUGUAUUUGUGUUUUGUAAUCAUUUCACACAAUUGCAGUCAAUGAUUAAGAAAUAAAUCUUGUGGAAUUGUCUGGA